UUGGAUCUGUUUUUUCCCUUUUGGAUCUCUGCUUGUGAAUUGAAAAUGCAUAUCUUAUUGAAUUCCUACGCUGAAACACUUGUACUAGGUUUCAUUAGCAUUGACUGUGGAGCGGAUGAAGAUUAUAUAGAUAACGGCAUCUUGUAUAAAUCAGAUCGAGACUUCGUAGAUACAGGAAUCAGCCAGCCAGUUACCGCUAACAACUCCGGAAAUCUUCGGCCACAGCUAAAAAAUGUGAGAAGUUUUCCGGAAGGGAGAAGGAAUUGUUAUGUCCUAAAGCCUGAAAAAGGAAAGGACAACACUUACUUGAUUCGAGCUUCGUUUCUAUAUGGAAAUUAUGAUAGAAAGAACACUACCCCUAUUUUUGAUUUAUACCUUGGGGCCAAUCUGUGGUGGACAGUGGAUUGGGACAAUGGAUAUGUAGAGACCAUCUAUAUCCCUUCCACAGAUUACAUUAAUGUCUGUCUUUUCAACACUAGCAAAGGGGUGCCUUACAUUUCAGCAUUGGAGUUGCGACCUCUAGAUAAUACCAUUUAUCGAACCACGGCCAAGGCACUCAUCACAAUGCAGCGUUCCGACAUUGGUGGCAGAUCGAUUUUAAGAUACCCGGCCGAUGUUUAUGAUCGAAUUUGGAACCCCUUGAACGUUGACCUACUGAAUUUCAGUGCCACAAACUCUAGCAUAAGCCAGGGAAUUAAUGAUGCGUACAAAAUACCAGAUACAAUGUUGAGAACUGCUGCAAAGGAACAGAAUGCCACUUGCUCCUUGAGCUAUUUCUGGGUACCCCUACCUUCCAAUUCACAGUUUUAUGUUUACUUCCACUUUGCUGAGAUUGAAAAGCUUCAAGGGAAACAGAGGAGAUUGAAGAUUGAUUUGACUGGCCAACGAAGUGCAACAACAAAUGCUACACUUGAUUAUUUGAAGCCCUUAUCUCUCAGUCUAAAUGCCAUGCCAGAUAGUUCAGGCCAACUGCAGUUUUCAAUUUCUGCUGCCAAGGGAUCAGACCUCCCUCCCAUACUGAAUGGCUUUGAGAUAUAUUCUGCAAAAGAGAUGCAAAAUGCAUCAACUGUUUCUGAAGAUGCCGAUGCUAUGAUGGGUGUCAAGCAAGCAUUCAGAUUGAUCAGAAACUGGGAAGGUGACCCAUGUUUUCCAAGUGAAUUAAUAUGGGCUGGUUUAACCUGCAGCAACAGUAAUGCAUCGAGUAUCCUCUCAAUAAACUUGAGCUCAAGCAACUUGACAGGAGAAAUUCCUGCUUCGAUCGCGAAUCUCCUAUCAAUAACAUCACUGGAUUUGUCCAAUAAUGAGUUAACAGGAUCGGUGCCAGAUUUCUUAGGAAAGUUGCCAAAUUUAAGAACCCUUAAUUUAACUAGGAACAAGUUCACAGGCUCAGUUCCUAAGGCUCUAUUGCAAAAGGCUGAAGCUGGAUCACUUACAUUAAGUGUGGGUGAAAAUCCAGAUCUUUGUGCAUCACUUAAAUGCUAUAGCAAGCUGAAGAAGUACUUGGCCCUUAUAAUCAUCUCCUGUAUAAUAGCUGUGCUCCUACCCAUCUUAAUGGUUGCUUUGGUAAUAUACAAAAGGAGAAAACGAAGAGAGAAUCUCAAAAGAUCGAUUGAAGAACGGUUACUUAAAUCGAAGAACCGCCAAGUUAGGUACUCUGAGAUACUUAUUAUCUCAGAUAACUUGAAAACAACUAUUGGAGAAGGAGGAUUUGGAAAAGUGUACUAUGGUGCAUUAAGUGAUAAAACCCAAGUUGCUAUCAAGCUUCUGUCUGCAUCUUCAAAACAAGGCCCCAAUGAAUUCAAAGCAGAGGCUCAAAUAUUAGCCGUUGUUCAUCAUAGAAAUCUGGUUUCUCUCAUUGGUUACUGUGAUGAGGCCGAGCAUAAGGCGCUCGUUUACGAAUUCAUGUCUAAUGGAAAUCUACGCAAGCAUCUAUCCGAUCCAAACACAAAGGUCUUGAGUUGGAUGGAAAGACUCCAAAUUGCAGUUGAUGCAGCCCAAGGGUUGGAAUAUUUACACAAUGGUUGCAAGCCACCUAUAAUUCACAGAGAUAUGAAAACUUCAAAUAUCUUAUUGAAUGAAAGAAUGCAAGCAAAAAUAUCAGAUUUUGGGCUCUCCAGGGUAUUUGCAAAUGAGAGUGAUACUCAUUUGUCCACAUGUCCUGCUGGCACUUUCGGAUAUGUCGACCCUACGAUUCAUUUAUCUGGAAACUUCACCAAGAAAAGUGACGUUUACAGUUUUGGAAUCAUCCUGUUUGAGUUGGUGACCGGGCGACCUGCCAUAAUCAAGGGCUCCGAGUACAACAUCCACAUUGUGGACUGGGCUAAGCCUUUCAUUGAAGAAGGCAAUAUCCAAGACAUUAUUGAUCCAAGGUUAGGAGGAUCCACAGAAAGUUGUUCCGUUGGAAAAUUUGUGGAGUUGGCUCUGUCGUGCACAUGGUCAACUCCGGCUGAAAGGCCAGACAUGAAUCAUGUGGUGUCACAGCUCAUUGAAUGUUUGAAGAUGGUUCAGGAUGCCAUGCCACAAAUGCCACAGAUGCCACCGAAAAACAUCGAGGAGUUCUCGUAUAAUUCAAUUGGCUCUGAAUCAUUGUUCAGUCCUAGAUAAAAAUUAAACCAUUCAUUAGAAGUUUCGUAUCUAUUUUGUUCCGAAACUUUUAAAGUUGUCUAAUAGAUCCCUGUGCUCUCGUUCAAUAGGUCUAUAAACUUUCAAGUAUUCAAAAUUUGUAAAAAUUAAUUAAUUUAUUAGGUAUAUUUUUAA